GUUUUGCAUUCACAUAAAGGAGGAAGAGACACUCAUGAGGAGUGAAAGAGAAAGAGAGAGCUUAUGAGACCAUAAGAGGAGCCUGAUGGGAAAAAAAUAAGAGAAAGACAAAGCAAAUAUGAAGAGAUUAAAUGAGAGUUAAAACAGUGGGAGGAGACUAACAAGAAAAAAAAAAAGAAGAGCGAAGGUGUUGGCAACAGCAGGCAUGACUGACAAGAAACUGAGGCAGACACAAUGAGAGAAAUGAAGAGAUGGAUUUGCUGUCUCAUUCACACUCUGUUCUUUAGGAGUUAAACAUGUUUGCUGUAUUAUAAAACUAGCUUGCAGGCUGCAGUGGAGUCCACUGUGAAUGCUAUCGUGUCAGUUGCUGUGCUUACAGGCAGUGAACUGUGCUGAAAGCAUCGACUGAGACAAGCUGGUCCCUGAACUAAGCAGGUUCUGACAGUGGGCGUCACCAUGGAGGAGAGGGAGCGGCAGUGUAAUGGAGAGGAAAGAGGUGAUGUUGUAUCCCCCACAGGACAGCCAGUCACGGCAGGAGAACCAGGCACAGCGUCCACAUGGAGGAAUGGUCAGCGUGUGGCGUCUGUGUCCACAUCCACUUGGGUCACUCCCAUGUUUGACUUGUCACACUGCAGGACUCUUCUGGAAUCCAAAGGCUUCCAGAUUCCAGCUGAGGAUUUUGAGGGUCCACUUCAUUUAGCACUGGAACACCCAUCUGUCAGAAGAUACCUGCUUUUCAACUCAAACAUUUUUAAUGUCAUCAUGGCACCCCUCUUAUAUGCGGUGCUGUGGUGCGCUGUGUACUCGACCAUUCACAUGUACCUCGAUGGCAACACAACAGACUUCUGGGUGCUCUGUCUGUGUGUCAGUCUGGUGUCCAUAAUCCUCACCACCGCCAUCAUCCUCAUCUUCCACCACAGCAACAAAAAGAUCAACAUGAACACAGACGUGCGGUUGGUGGGGGUUAAUGAGCACAUGGUCAGGCACAAGCUGCUGGUGGGAGUGGCUGACUGGGUGCAGAAAUGCAGAGGAAAACUGCAGCUGUUCUGUGUAUACUGGGACACAUCCCAAUGUCUGCUAUCUCUGACUGAAGCGCUGGACGACAUGAGUUUUGUCAGGGAUCAAGUACAGAACAAACUCAAGAAAAGAAUGUCCCACCUAGUUCUAGUGACCGAGGUCACGACCCUGGAUCUCGAGGCUGGAUCACAUGACGAGGAGCUUCCAGAAGAAGAGCAGCCGCUGCUGGUGGAGAGACGAGAGCAAAGCGCAUCAACUAGUCAACGGGAAGACUCUAAACUCACCAAAAACUUCAGCUUGAUGCCUGACACCGCUCUUCCAAAUCAGGCGAUUGCUCAGCAGCUCCUGAUGACCUACAGUGCACUUUAUGUCAGACUGCUGGUAUCAAACAAGCUUCCUGUUCCUCCCCAGCAGCCUUCAGGUGCAAGGAGAAACCACUCCACUUCCUGUAUGUGUCUGUGUGAGUUUGUGGAGCUGAAGGUCCUGCGGUAGACAGACUAUCAUGACUAUCAAUCUUACACUCAAAAGUAUUAGUCAUCCAGUUCUCUUGGAUGAUUGUUUUGCUGUCAGUUAUGAUACAGUCACAGACUGUUCUUGCUGCUCUUAAACUGUUAUGAUUUCAUCUGUUAACUGAAAUACAUAUUAUAUUUUUUUGUU